UAACAAGAGCAGUGUAUAAGGAGGAGUGAUAUAAGAGCGUGAAUUCGCUUAAAUCGAAACUGGUAAGAAGUAGACGGAGUAAGAUCUUGAAGAGCAUCGGUUCUGAAGCAUAAAAUGGCUGACGAAUUCAUUGAAAUAAAACUGAAACAACUUUUAAGAGAAGAGAAAGUCGAACUGUGGAAAGAACCCUAUACAUCUGACAAUAAUCAAGCUGCACAAGCAGUCAAGGCACUUGCAGAGAGGUAUGCAUCCCAGCUCCACCUUGAUUUUACUAAGACGGAACAAAUGCUAGAGACCAUAAGGACAGAGGCAGUGAAGCGAGGGUUGGGAAAUAAUGAAUUCAGAGACAGAGGUGUUGCAACGCUGGAGUUGAGAGAGGGACGGGAAAAGAAAUAUUUACCCACCAGGCUGAAUAUUACCACUGAAGAGCUCGUGAAAAUAAUUGCAGGAAACUCUAAUAACCAGCAAAUGAAGCUAAUAUUAAAUGGAAAGCAACUUCAGCCAGGUAAAACCCUUGAAGAACAAAAUGUGAAACACAAUUCAAAGAUUAUGAUUUUAAAUGCCAGUAAGGAGCAAAAGCAGAAGAUUUUUGAGGCAGAUGAGAAAUAUCGCUUUACAAAUGAAGGUCUAAAGAGAACUGAGCAAGCUUUUCAGAUUUUAUCUGAUAGAGAUGGCAGUGCAGACCCAAGAACAACUCCAUUUUUAGAAAUUGCUGAUCAGAAGGGAAAUCCUAUUCAGAUUCCACACGAAAAGAGGAAGGCACUUAUCUUGGCCAUGGGACUUCAUGAGAAAGGAAGAGCUUUGAUGAAGAAGAAGAACUACGAGCCAGCUUUGAGCCAUUUACUGCAAGCUGAUGAAGAAUUUAAAAAAUGUGGCUCCCAGUUGCUCAACACGGUUGACAACUAUGCUGUUCUGCAGCUGGACAUUGUCUGGUGUUACAAUGAACUGAAGUGUAUCACUUGCUUGAAUGAUGCAAAAGAGAGACUGCAACAGGCUGAAGCCUGUUUCCUCAGAUGCUAUGGGGAACAGCAGGAGAGGCUUUUGGAGAUAAAGGGCAGUACAGGAAAAGAACAAGUUCUUUUCCUGAGACUGUAUCUACUUCAGGCAUAUGUGUCAUUUUAUGGAGGCAAAGAACAUGCUGCCGUUGAGAAACUGAAGAAGGUGGAAGAUUUGUACAUGCAGCUGUAUGUAGAUCCCACUAAGAUGACAGAAUUGAUGAUGCUUGGGUACACAGAACAGGAGGCCCGUCUUUGCUUGAGGGCCUGUAACGGAAAUGUCAAUAAUGCUGCGAACCUCAUCAUGCAAAGAAGAGAGGAAAAAGAAGAGUUAAAGAGGAAAGAGAGAGAGAAAAGGAGAAAAAGGUUGGAGGACAUCGACACUCUGAUGCAACUGGGAUACCCAAGAAAAGUUGCAGCUGAGGCCCUUAGAAAUGAAGGAGGGGAUGUGGAUCUGGCAUUUCAGUCCCUUCUUGACAAACCUCAUCUUCUUGAGCCGAUCAACACAAAUAUAGUAUCCAGUGAGUCUGAUCCUGGUCAUCAACAGAAGAUUGAUCAGCUGACAUUUCUAGGCUUUGACUAUCAAGCAGCAGAGGCAGCGUUGAGACAGACAGGUGGCGCUGUUGAUGUAGCCUCUCAGUUGCUGGCUCGCAAUCAAGGGAACCUUCCACCAGAGAUUCCGUCUCCAUCUUCUCCAUCUCCAUCUUCUCAUUCUCCCCCAUCAGAAGAGCCCAGAACGUUGGAGGAAGCAGACCAGAUGGAAGUUGACCUGGUGAAUGAGGCCCUCGAGGAUAUUCCCAAACAUGAGGAGGAUUACCUGGAUCUCACACUGGAAGAAGAAUGCAAAGUCAUUGCAUUGCUGAAACAACACCUGUCCUCCUGUCCGCCUUAAAUGCUUCCUUUGUGGAGAAUUCUUUUGAUUACACAAAGGUUCAAGAAGCAGACGUUGUCUGAACUAAAGGUUAUGCACUUUCUUUGUUGCCGCCAAAUUGAUUUUAUUCCUAUAAAUUUGAUGGUAGAAUUUUUUUCUGUUUAAUACUGGGUGAAAAUCCCGUAAGGAACUGUAGAAUAUUGAGUGACAGUAUUUAAUUACUUUUCAAUAUGCAGGAAGAAAUGGUCAUAGCUUAUUCUUUUUCUGAGCAAUAAAGAUAUAUAUUUAUAACAAGACUUAUUUUUAACAAUUUCAGACCACACUGUAGUCGGAUAGAAAUCUGUCCUGUAUACUUGUACAGACCACUGGAAGGCAAUUUACAAAAUCCAUAAAUGCAUUUAGAGUUUUAGUUUUGUUAAUAUUUUUGGAUAAAAAACAGACUCUUUUGACAAUGUUUCAGGUAAAGGUUCUUUAAAAUACUUGUUUUAAUAUGACGCAAAGUAAUGAGGUAGACAUUGAAUUUUUUCAAACCCUAGACUGUAUGUGAUUUCCUUUUUCUGAUGUCUGCUAAAACAGUAGCUCAUCCUUGAUGCCGCAGGUCUAAAAACUGUUGGGGAAGUUACAUAUGGUGAAGUAUUCACUUAAAAAAAAUAAAUGCUGAAAUUGUAAAUGUUUGUUUUUAUGUCUUUUUGUUUACAUGUUUAAAAUCACAAAGUCUUUCACACUUAUAGCUGACAUUUCAUUGUAUGCUGUAAUUUUGUUUUUAUAUACUGUACUAACUGUGGUUCAGGCUGUGUACUGUACAUCAGAGUUACUGAUAGUUUGCAUCAUUGUAUUUAAGGGCUCUCUUUAAGCUUCUACACUAAACGAGUCAUAAAAAUAUACAGAAAGGAAUACAUUCUAUUCUCUGAUUAUACAUCAGCUUGUAAUAUGGGAAAAAAAGACAUUGGAAUUUAUAAUACAUGUUUGAAAUUUGCAACAUUGAAAUGCAACUGAUGUUCUGGAUAUUUUCAUAACCCUGUGAAAUUCACUAGCCUUGAUGUAUACAAAAGGGGAAAACAGUUACUUCCACAAGCAUUAAGACUGUCCUGGAAAAUUCACGUACCCACUUGCCUUUCAAAAUGAAUUUUAGGUUUUAAUUUUUUUGUACGUUAAACCAUCUUAGAAGUUGAUUGUGCUAUGCAGUCUGCAGGGCCAAUUAUGUUUUGUUAGACACAGGGGUAUGUGGAUUUUUGGCAAAAAACGAAGCAUCGAUGCUUCAAGCCAGUGCUGACCCUUUCAACUUGAUAUUUGUUCCAUUUGGAGACAAAUGCCUGAAAAGAAAGAAAAUUCUGUUAAUCUCUUAAAGUUAGAUUAUUUGUUUUUAAUGAUAAUAUCAAGUAUAUUUUCUCAUCAUUAAGCAUAUUUGCAGAUAUAUUAACUUUAAGUCUGAAAUACAGUACAUGGAAAUUAGCUUGAAAGUCCUUGGGUGUCGAAAAGGGGGUAUUCUGACACUGAAAAUGAAAACACUUUUUUCUGUGCUUUGGUGUCCUCAUAUUACCUUUCACCCACUUGUACAAAUUACCAGCAGAGGUUUGAGAGGAAUUCCAUCAAUGCAGCUGUUUUGGUUAAGGGCCUCCUAGAAAUAAAUGUUCCACAUUAUUCCAGUG